AUGAAGGCAUCGGUUGAAUGGUUGAGAAGGGACUGCGCUGACGCCUCUGUUCGCGCUGCUGGACGGGUAACACCCGCUCUACUCGCCAACGUACGGUUCAAAGAGCAGAAAUUGGAAGAAGUGGCAACGGUUGGAGUACGAGACGGAAGUAUGCUCGUUGUGACAGUUUUUGAUGAAGAAAACCUGAAACACGUCGAAGCCGCGAUAUACGAUGCGAAGAUACCCUCUAUCACUCCACAAAGGCAGGAUACCCGAACCUUGAGGAUUCCCGUACCUAAACCGACACUGGAUGCGAAGUCGUCUGUCGUUACUGCUGCGAGGAAGAAGGCGGAGGAUGCGCGCGUGCAGUGCCGAAAGUUCCACCAGGCAAGCGUGAAGAAGGGCAAGUACGACAAACGGUCGAUUGAGCUGGAGGUGUUUCAAGAUCUUCUUGACAAGCACAUUGCCGACAUCGACAAAAUUUUGGUGGACAUGAAAAAGACACUAGGUCUUUCACGAUAG